GUCUUUUGAUGGGACAUUCUCUUUAGAAUGGUCAAUUGGAAAGGCUUUGCAGCUCGAAGUGUGUUGGUUCGUAAAUACAAAUUCUACAUUAUUCUCAUUUCAUUAUUCUCAAUAACGGCGUCCUUUAUUUGUCCCCCACUAGUGACACAUAAGAGAAGUGAGAGUGACUACUCCAAAUCUACUCAACGGCUUCUAAAAAGAGGGAGUUCUUGGAGUGCACAAAGAGCUCCUGAUAUCCUAGAACAUUCUUCCGAGUUUGAGAUUUCAACAUAUCAACCCUUCAAAAGAGAUCCUAGAGUAGAAAUUUUCGUACUUCCCUCUUCCAAAGGUAGCCUAGCCGCAGUGGAACCUUUAUGCUAUCACAAAGGUAACUGGAUCCUCGUUGGAGACUCCCCAAUCAACGUAAGACACUCUUCGCAAACACAGACGGUAGGCAAAAAAGCUUCUUUAGAAACAUUGUUGCGAGAGUCUAAGCUGCCCAAUGUUUCCUUCUAUUCCAAACAAUGGCUAGAACAGGAGUCCUUUAAUGGCGCAGUAACUUGGUUUAAGAGACCUACAGUUUUUCAAGUGUUUGAUAGGAGUUGUACAAAUAUCGCUCAUUUCACAGGUCGUCUGAUGCUUUACUUUCAUUUUCUGGAAAAUACCGACGUUUACUGUCCAACGAACUCGUUUACAUCCAUUUUCAUUCGAGAAUCAGAGCUAGUUCGAAAUCUAUUAACCAAAUCUUAUCAAAAUCAUCGAAAAUGGCAAAAACAUUUAAUUGGAAGUGUUCUUUACGGUAGAGAUUUCCCGGAGGAUUUGUUUGACUAUCCAUCUAAAUACACAGUUUCUUCCGAGUUGCAUCAAAUUGAUAACGAAAAAAGAGAAUUCUACGUAGAAGACUCUUCAGACUGUUUCCGAAAGGCGGAUAAAACCAUCUGCUUUGAAAAAGUUUUCCUUCUGGGACUACUUAAAGGCAAGUUUUUUUCAUCUCCUACAGUACAAACAACUUCUAUGGACAAAUCGAGUGCUGGAAAAACAACUAUUCCAGCAGUUCCAAAAGAUGCUAUAAACUUUAGAAUAAAAUGGUACGAAUAUCUGCACAUGAAACCUCCAAGUGAAUUGCAACGCAGUCUUAUUUAUAUCAAACGGGAAGGGAGGCGUCGGUCGUUUUCUUACUCAAGUGAAGUUACUCUCAAUCAUUUUUUUGAGGACUUGACAAGGCAACAUGGAUAUUCUUAUUAUUCGAUUACGCCAGAUCAACUUUUAGUUAAAGAAAAUUUACAAUUAUUUUCUUCCACUUCCAUUGUUAUCAGUUUACAUGGAGCACAUUUAACUAAUUGCAUUUUUAUGGCUCCAUGUGCAGUUUUGAUAGAAAUCUUUCCACCGCGGUUUACUCACGACAUGUAUCGUGAAGGAGGCAAUUCUGGACUCAAAUAUUUCUCAUGGCAACUACGUAAUGUCACCCCAUUUCCUGAGUCUCCUUGUAUGAAUCCUGAAGCAUGCAAAGUACUAGAUGAGAAAAGGAAAGUUUUCUAUCGUGAUAGAGCAAAUCUGAGUAUUACUCAGGAAGAUCUACAAGGAAUAGGAAACAUCAUUGAAAAAUCAAUAUCCUACAUUGCAGGUGCUAAAAAUCAGUUCAGGACAUCAUGUUUCCCACAUUCUUCCUUCAAAUCUUUAUAAAACUUUAACUGAGUAACACUUGAUC